GCUGGCCGGUGUGUACGCGGCGGGCGAGUCCAGGUGCGGCCCGCUUGGCUUCUCCGGCGCCCCAGACCCCGGCCGUGACCCCCGCUGCGGCCCGGCCGCCGCCCGAACAUGGACUCCGCCGGCCAAGAUAUCAACCUGAAUUCUCCUAACAAAGGUCUGCUGUCCGACUCCCUGACAGAUGUCCCUGUCGACACAGCGUUGGCUGCCCAGACUCCUGCUGUUGAGGGUCUGACCGAGACUGAGGAGGAGGAGCUUAAGGCUGAGCUUGCAAAGGUGGAAGAGGAAAUUGUCACUCUGCGCCAGGUCCUGGCGGCCAAGGAGAGGCACUGUGCUGAGCUGAAGAGGAAGCUGGGCCUCUCUGCCUUGGAGGGCCUGAAGCAGAACCUGUCUAAGAGCUGGCAUGACGUGCAGGUCUCUAACACCUAUAUGAAAACUUCUGAGAAACUUGGAGAGUGGAAUGAGAAAGUGACCCAGUCAGACCUCUACAAGAAGACUCAAGAAACUCUCUCUCAGGCGGGACAGAAGACGUCGGCUGCCCUGUCCACCAUGGGCUCCGCCAUUAGCAGAAAGCUCGGGGAUAUGAGGAAUUCUGCGACCUUCAAGUCGUUUGAAGACCGAGUUGGGACCAUAAAGUCUAAGGUUGUAGGUGGCAGAGAGAAUGGCAGUGAGAACCUUCCCUCCCCAACCGGGAGUGGUGCCAAGCCCCUGCCCGAUCACACGCCUUUCUAAGCCCGUCGCAGCUUUGCCCGGCCACGGAACAAGUGCAAGCACGUCCUCAUCGGCUCGACUGCGACUCUGCAG